AUCUCUCUCUCUCACUGUUCAAUCCGAUCCCCGAGAACCGCAAGAUUGGCCCGAUUGAACAUAGCGGGAGAAAAGAAAGACGAGAGCAGAGCAGAUGAGAAGCUAAGGUUUCUUGGAUCUAGACGCUCGGAGAAAAAGCUACGGGUUGGGCGUGCCCGUUGCUUCAGACCCACGUCAACGGAGGAAGCCCCUGCAGGGGGGCUGAGUUGAACGAACGCCUUUCUUUUUGUGUUUGAUAGAGAACUUUCUUUUAUUUUUUUUUGUUUAUUGGUGUCGUUUCUUGGCGAGAUGUUAUGCCGUAGUCGAGGUGAAAUUAGAUGUCAUUUGGCGACGACAAUAGCCGCCAGCCCCUGAGGAGCCCUUCCAGUGUAAGGGGAAGGGACCAUUUGAAGAAGUGCUUGAAAUCUUCGGAGAUUAGGCCGUGACACAUUACGUUGACGGGGAGGAUGGGGGCCCCGACUAUAAGGAGCCGACGAGUACUUUCUGAUGCAAAUGCGAGUCAGGGACUGGGAGAUUCAAUGAGCAGCACUUCUUCAACCACUCAAGGUUUAGGCAAUGAUGUUACUGUGGAUGGUGGAGUUGUUGAGUUUCGCAAGGAGUAUGUGAAUGCGCUUUUGAAUGAGCGGAUGAAAGGGAAAACAAAAUUUGAUUUUAAGGGGAAGUGUGAAAUGAUGACAGAAUAUAUAAAAAGGCUCCGCGCUUGCAUCAAAUGGUACCUUGAACAGGAGGAGCUCCAUGAUAUGGAAAGAGAAAAAUAUGCUGAAACCUUUGGUGAGAUGAACCAAAAGAUAGAUGAGUUGACUCAAAUGGUUGAAGAGCUGAGGAAGAACAAUGCGGAGUUGCAUGAAACAUUUUUGAAGGAAGAAGCUGAUAAACUGGCUUCAGUUGAAGCCUACCAGAAGGAAGUACAAGCUAGAAUUACUGUGGAAAAGUCAUUGGCAUCUAUGUCUGAAGAACUUGAGAAAUCACAUAGACAAUUAACAGACGCCAACCAGCAGAUUGCUGAACUUCAUGACAUUAACAAAAGGGUACAAGAGUACAACUCUAGUUUGCAGCAGUACAAUAGUAGACUCUGCAAUGAUGCUGCUAGUGCUUCUGCAACAAUUGCGAGGAUGCAAAAUGAGAAAGCUGCAGUUGUGGAAACCCUAAGUGGCAUUAGGGCUCAUUUGAGUUCAGUGCAGAACCAACUGGCUACUUGUAAAGAUUCACUGCAAGAGGCCACAGAUGCUCGAAAUUUGGCAAAGGAGGAAGUAGGGCGGCUGACCAUAGAGCUACAGCAAGUAAGGGAGGAUAGGGAUAUGCAAAAGGCUAAAGUAAACAUUUUGACUGCAGAGGUUGAAAAAUAUAAAGAAUGUACAGGAAAAUCGACUUCUGAGUUGGAAGGUUUGAUGACAAAGACUAAUUGCCUUGAGGAGAGCCAUGAAUUUCAGAUGGAGCGAGUAAGAAUGCUUGAGCGACAACUUAAAGCUUGUCGUAAAGAAAAGCAGAUGCUAGAAAUUUCAGUGUUGGAAAUGGACAAGGAGUGUGAAAGUAAGAAAAAAACAUUGCGAGAGCUUGAAGAUACACUUGCAGAGAAAGAACUUCGUAUUUUUGAGGGAGAGUUGGUACGCAGAAAAUUGCAUAAUACCAUCCUGGAGUUGAAGGGAAAUAUACGAGUCUUUUGUAGGGUCCGACCUCUGUUGCCUGAAGAUGACUGUGGAGUUGGUAGUGAAAUGACUGCUGUAGGAUAUCCUUCAUCAGCAGAGUUGCUUGGCCGUGGGAUCGAACUCAUCAUAAAUCCUGGGCAGAAACACUUGUUCAGUUUUGAUAAAGUUUUCAACCAUGAGACUUCUCAGGAGGAUGUAUUCAUUGAGAUUUCUCAGUUGGUUCAAAGUGCACUUGAUGGUUAUAAGGUAUCCAUCUUUGCUUAUGGUCAGACAGGUUCUGGUAAAACUUAUACAAUGAUGGGUGGGACAGACAAUCUGGAACAGCAAGGGUUGAUACCUCGAUCCCUGGAGCAAGUAUUUCAAACUAGUCAAUCUCUUUCUUCACAGGGAUGGACAUUUAAAAUGGAGGCUUCUAUGCUAGAGAUAUAUAAUGAAACAAUAAGAGAUCUGUUAUGUCCUGCUCGUUCUGCUGGUUUUGAAACAUCUCGACCAGAAAAUGGUGUUGGGAAGCAAUACUCAAUCAAACAUGAUGGAAAUGGGAAUACAUAUGUGACUGACCUUACGAUUGUAGAAGUUUGUAGCUUAGACGAAGUAUCCUCGCUUUUGCAUCGGGCUGCACAAGGGAGAUCUGUUGGCCGGACACAGAUGAAUGAGCAAUCAUCACGUAGCCAUUGCGUUUUCACAUUACGAAUUUCUGGAUCUAAUGUGAACACUGAACAGCAAGUGCGAGGAGUGCUUAACCUUAUUGAUCUUGCUGGCAGCGAGCGUCUCUCAAAGAGUGGUUCAACUGGGGAACGCUUAAAAGAAACUCAGGCAAUUAACAAAAGUCUGUCCUGCUUGGGUGAUGUCAUUCUGGCCAUCGCGAACAAGGAAUCUUAUGUGCCUUUUAGAAACUCUAAGCUGACAUACCUUUUGCAGCCUUGUCUUGGGGGUGAUUCAAAGACAUUGAUGUUUGUCAACAUUUCUCCUACUCCUUCCUCGGUGAAUGAGUCAUUAUGCUCAUUGCGUUUUGCUGCAAAAGUAAAUUCUUGUGAGAUUGGGGUUGCUCGCCGUCAGACACACAUUCGCCCAUCUGAUGCACGUUUAAGCUAUGGUUGAAAAGCUAACGGUGCUAAACUUUCUCAACGAGCAGGAUUAAUUUUGCCGUCUAGGUAAACAUUUGAUGCUGUAUGGAUGUCAUCUGAUCAAUCUGAGGAGAAAAGUGCUUUCUCCCAUGGUGUUGUUUGCAAUAAUGGUGGUCCACCUACUACGACAGCAGAAUAAUGCACCUGAAGCUUUGAAGGUUUUCGCUUCUGUAGUUUUCCACUGGUGUGGCCGUAUAGUUGCUACAGUGUUGUAUAGGUGUAUCUAACACUUUCUAUUGUAACAUUAUUGUGAAAAGAAAUGCAUGCAAUCCAUUUAGGUAAUCUUCCAGUGCACUUCCCCGUCCACCGUUGACCAAAUCUCAUUGCUUUGUAAGGCAAAGCUGUAUUAUAACGAUAUCCUUUCUCAAAGUUCCAGGAGUUGUCGAUACAA